AGGACCUUUGCUAUUAACCACACACACAAAGGACAAAGGAAAAACGUCCAAGAACAAAAUGUGGAAAAAGAACAGAAAAAUAGCAGCGAAAUAAAUAUCUUAAAACGAACUUUAUCUCUCCCUCUCCUCGUUCUCGCUCUUGGCUGCAACAGAGCAAGGCACUGUAAAUGAAGUUGGCUUUGAUAAGCAGUUUCAGCAGCAGCCGUCCAAUCCAUGUUUCGGGACUUAAUCCCGCACCCCGUAAAUUUCAUGUAACUCGUUGUGAGAAGCACCCGACUAUUCUCCAGUAUGAGCCUGCUAAUGGUGAAAAUACAUCGCUUUCCAUGGUUAGAAGAAUUGAUUUCAUGAGUGCAGUCAUAAGUUGUUCUGCAGCAACUUCGAUUGCAACUCCAGUAGCGAAUGCUCUAACUACAGAGACUAUCACACAAUUGCCAGGUUCUUUGCACACUCUUGCUGAAGGGAGCAAUGGAGAUUGGCUUUCAGGUCUCCUAUUUUCAGCUGGACAACAAGCUAACAUAGCUGUGCAGGACCAGCUGUCAGCCCUCAGUUUUACUAGUUUGGCAGUCAUUUUUGGUGCCGGGCUUGUGACUAGCCUUUCACCAUGUACACUGAGUGUUUUGCCCCUUACCCUUGGCUACAUAGGGGCAUUUGGCUCCGGAAAAAGCAGAACAGAGGCUAUUGGUAAUUCAAUUUCUUUUGCAAUGGGAUUGGCAACUACACUGGCUCUGUUAGGCGUAGCAGCUUCAUUUGCUGGAAAGGCUUAUGGCCAAAUAGGGCAGGGACUACCUUUGGCUGCUUCUAUUUUAGCAAUUGUCAUGGGCUUAAAUCUUUUGGAGGUUGUUGAAUUGCAGCUCCCUUCUUAUUUCAACAACUUCGAUCCCCGUGCCGCUGCUUCUAAUUUUCCUUCAAGUGUCCAAGCAUAUUUGGCUGGACUAACCUUUGCAUUAGCGGCAUCACCUUGCAGUACACCAGUGCUUGCAUCCUUGCUUGCAUAUGUUGCCUCGACCAGGGAUCCAGUGGUAGGUGGGAGCCUUCUGUUGACGUACACAACUGGAUAUGUUGCUCCUCUUCUUCUCGCUGCUUCUUUUGCUGGAGCACUGCAGAGCCUUCUUUCAUUCCGUAAGUUUUCAGCAUGGAUCAAUCCAGCAAGCUCGCCACCACCCGCCGCCAUCUCCGACGUCCGACGCAGCUCCUCCGGUCACCACCAGAGUCAGCCGUCGUCCGCCAUAAACACGAUGGUCCAUUCCACCGCAGACAGCCGCCGGUCAGCCUCCGUCCAAGCUUCACGCCGGCCAGUCGUGUUUCUCCUUCGACGAACACUGCCGGAAAAAGCUUCGCCACUGCAACCAGCCUCCUGUCGUCUUCCUCCAUGGACAUUUACUACCAGCCUCCCGCCGCUCAAUGCACCAGACCGUCAGCCGGGAAUCAACCGAAAAAAAAAAAUCACUAAAAAGCUCCUUUCCGGCGGCUCUGCCCGGACAAGUCGGCCGUGCGAGGUGGUCGACGGCGGGCGGGGGCCCGACAUUCCCUGUCAGAGCUCCUUUCCGGCGACUGAUUCUUGUUUCCAAGUUGUGAGGCACUGCGGCGGCGGCCGGACAAGGUGGCUGGGAGAUGGGACUGAAGGCGGCGGGAGUCCGGCUGCUGGCUGCAGCCGACUGCGUGUGUUUGCCAUUGCUCAGCUGUUGGAACUGGACCUCUUCCCGCGGCGGCUAACGGCGGGUCUAGACGGUGGCGGCCGGUGGUGGUUGUCUGCGAGAGGCGAGUGGACGUCUACCGUGAUCGGCGCCGGAGAUGGUCUCUGA